AGUGGCAGUGACAUCACAAGGACGCUGUAUAAAAGCUGAAAGUGGGGAAAAAGUGAUGAUCUGAGCACAUUUGAGGAGUUUUCCAAACCUGCAACCAGUCACACGCUCUUCGGAGAGGACGCUGAUAUCGAUGAUGGCCGCUCACAACCGGAUCAUGGCCGAUUACAACGUGGUUCUGAAUUGCUGGAAAGACGUCGAGGCCGACUACGCGGGUUAUGGAGGAAAAGUUCUGACCCGUUUGUUUCAGAAGUAUCCGCAAACUAAGAAAUUGUUCCCGAAAUUCAAGGACAUCCCUACGUCUGAUCUGGAGGGAAACGCGGCGGUGGGGGCCCAGGGCGCGAUCGUGCUGAGGAAGCUGGGCAAGCUGCUGGAGGCCAAAGGAGAUCGCACUAAAAUCCGCGAACUGUUGGACACCUCACAAGCCAACACACACAAGAUUGACCUCGGCAGCUUCAAGCUGAUCACUAAGGUGCUGGUGGAGGUGAUGGUGAAGAAAGCGCAUCUGGACAAGGCCAAACAGGGCGCACUCGAGAGAGUCAUGGACCACCUCAUCGACGUCAUCGCCCUCUACUAUGAGGAGAUCGGAUUCGACGGUUAAACGACACGCUGAGCGUCACGAACUCUGCGAACUCAGCGGGAUCAUAGAAAAAGCGCUUGUCUUGUUAAUGCCAUUACUGAACAGAAGUUACUGUGCAGCUAAUAUGAACAAAACUAGCCAUAGGAAACAAAUAAAAAAUAAACAUGCAACUGUGUUCAGAGAUUUUUGUCAGGGCAGCGCCAUGUUUAAUUUUGGCGGGAAUGAAAACGAGGCUGGAGCUGAAGUACAGCGCGUUUGAUGGAUUGACAACAUGCUGAUCGUUCAGCAUUAAACUUUCAGUAGACAAAACUCCAUAAACAGUUUUGAAAGUUGUGAAAAUUACGUGAUCUUUCUACAGCGCGUGUAUAGCCCCGCACAGCCUCGCUUUCAUCUGCGUUAGAUUCAAAAUGAUGAAAGUCAACUGGAAUGAGCAGAGCCAAUCACGUCAGGUUUAGAAUGUCAGCUGAUCUGAUGAUGUCAUGGCGCCUCAGAUUAGGACUAAACUUCAUUGGAAUUGCACUUGAGUGAUUGCACAUGAAUAAAAUCCUUUUUAAUUUGGGAGGAAAUGACAAUUGAAAUAGUUUAAUUCCAAUGAUGCCUCUCUUAUUUUGAAAGCCCAUAGAUAUUUGCUUCUCUACACUUGCUUUGUCUUACUUAAUAUACUUAAUCUGCAUUAUAAAUCAUUUGCUUCGCUUUUAUAAAGCAACACUUAUUAAUAAAUGACGCUUUA